AUGAUACGCAGUUCAGAUGAUCCCAUAGAAAGUCUAAUCAACUCUGAUGAACGUUCUCAAGAGAUUGAGAUACUAAAGUCAAUAUUCUUUGACAACUUCAUCGCUGACGAAGAGUCAAGCUUCUACAAGAUUAAGGUCAAUGUAAUUGUACCUGAUAACUUUGUACUGAGGACGACUACUACGCCAAACAACAACAUUGACAAUGACCAUGUCGUUGACAAUGAGCAACAAACAACAACCACUACUACUACCGCUGCUGCUGGCGCGGUCGCCGUCGCACCUGACCCUGCACCCGUCGCACCUGCCCCUGCCCCUGCCCCUGUAGCACCCGCACCCAGCGAGCGAUCCUAUCCUGUAGUAUGUCUGCCAGCCGUCACCUUGGGAUUCGAUCUCCCAAUCGGUUACCCAGUCCUGCCGCCCAAGUUGUCCAUUUCAUGUUGUUGGCUGUCACUUGAGCAGAUGGAUAGGAUCAUCACUCAAAUGAACUCAAUGUGGAGUCAAGGCGAACUCAUCAUGUUUACAUUGAUCGAUUGGUUAAAGAACAAUAUAUUUGCUCACUUGUCAACCGAGUCUGAGUUGGUACUGACGUCCACUCCAGUGGACUUGGACUCUCCGCUGGCUGAACACUUUAUCAUGCUCAACAUUGAGAGUGGCGACGUCAACCUCAUUCGAUGCUCGACACCCAAGUGUGGUCAACUGAUCGAUCAGAACCUGGUUCAGAAGAACGUCUCACCAGACCAGUUCAACAAAUACUGUGCCGCCAUCAAGAAGACCACUGGUUUCCUCGAGUGCCAACGAUGUCGUGGGUGGGCAAAGGUCGAACAACAUUCAAGGUCAACAUUCUGUGAAGCAUGUUAUUACGCGAUGUGUAUGCUCUGCUCAAAGAAAUGGCAUCCUGGAACACCAUGCAAUUAUGAUCCCAACAGCGUGGAGCCACGUGUUCGCUUUGGAAGCGAUUACAAGCCUUGUCCAGGAUGUGGAGUCGUCAUCCACAAGUUUGAAGGCUGCAACAAGGUGUGUUGCACAUCAUGUAACACAAUGUUCUGUUGGGUGUGUCUGCGCAGGAUCGACGGCUAUUCACAUUUUGACACCAGCUGCAUUCUAUUCGAGUUCCCUGGCGCGAUAGAUGAGAUGCGACGACGAAGACGUCUGCCGCAGAACCAACACUAUCUGUUUGGCGAGGUCACUGGUAACGCACAGUGCAAGCGAUGCAAGGCCAAAGUGUAUCGAUACAACAACAACAACCAUCUCAUUUGCUAUCAAUGCAAAGCUGAGCUCUGCUUCCUCUGCAAGUCCAUCAUCACAGGUACCAAGCACUUCUCUCCCAGUGGCUGUGUCCAACAUGGUGGAGGUCCAAACAACCUUCUUGUUCCGUAG